AUGGCUUUAAAGCGUAUUAAUAAGGAACUCAAAGAUCUUGCGCGUGAUCCUCCCUCUUCUUGCUCUGCUGGCCCUAUUGGCGAUGACUUAUUCCAUUGGCAAGCUACUAUUAUGGGUCCUGAAGACAGUCCUUAUCAAGGUGGUGUUUUCUUCCUGUCUAUUCAUUUCCCCACUGAUUAUCCCUUUAAACCCCCAAAGAUCAAUUUCACCACCAAAAUCUAUCAUCCCAACAUCAACAGUAACGGUAGUAUCUGUCUAGAUAUCUUGAAGGAUCAAUGGUCACCUGCACUUACAAUCUCAAAAGUCCUUCUUUCAGUCUGCUCCCUUCUCACAGACCCUAAUCCUGAUGAUCCGCUUGUUCCGGAGUUGGCCCAUAUCUACAAGACUGACCGUGCACGUUAUGAAGCUACCGCAAGAGAUUGGACCAGAAAAUAUGCCAGUAAGUGA